GCAAACGCUUCUUGACUGCCCCGCCCACUUACCUUUUGACUUUUUGGAAACUUAGCGGCUUUCUCACGCCUUGCCGGAAGUUCUCGCUACAUUUCCGGCAGAGCUUUUAAAUUCCGGCCUUCGUGACCUGCAUAGUUCUUCCUGGAGUGUUCUCUGUAUGUUUUUGGCUACGGUGGGCGGCUGGGCCAGCAUGCGGAGCGGGUUUCUGAGCAGUGCCCGGCGCCUGUGGGCCCGCCGCGCCAUCAGCCGCUUGCCACCGCCUUCCGAGGAGCUCCUCGCCCGCGGCGGGCCCCUGCGAGCCUUCCUGGAGCGCCGCGUGGGCUCGGAGGCCGGCGGUCUGGACGCUGGGAGUCCCCAGCUUGCCGCGGCCGCCCGGCUGCUGAACGAGAAGGAGCGGGAGCUGCGGGACACUGAAUCCUUGCUGCACGAUGAGAAUGAAGAUUUGAAGAGACUCGCAGAGAGUGAGAUAGCUUUGUGUCAAAAAGAAAUAGCCGAGCUGAAGCAUCGGAUCAUCUCCCUUUUGGUUCCUUCAGAAGACAUGGAUGGCAGUGACCUGAUCCUGGAGGUGACUGCGGGUGUGGGUGGUCAGGAAGCCAUGCUUUUCACUUCUGAGAUGUUUGACAUGUACCAGCAAUACGCUGCAUUUAAAAGAUGGCAUUUUGAAACACUGGAAUAUUUCCCAAGUGAACUAGGUGGCCUCAGACAUGCAUCAGCCAGCAUCGGAGGUCCAGAAGCCUACAGACACAUGAAAUUUGAAGGAGGAGUACAUAGAGUACAGAGAGUACCAAAGACAGAGAAGCAAGGCCGCAUCCACACCAGUACCAUGACGGUGGCAAUUCUGCCCCAGCCUACUGAGAUUAAACUGGUGAUUAACCCUAAAGAUUUGAGAAUUGAUACGAAGAGAGCAAGUGGAGCUGGAGGUCAGCACGUAAAUACCACAGACAGUGCUGUUCGGAUAGUUCAUCUUCCCACAGGUAUUAUUUCUGAAUGCCAGCAAGAAAGAUCUCAGCUGAAGAACAGGGAGCUGGCUAUGAAAAAGUUAUGUGCAAGGUUAUACAGCAUGCGUCUAGAGGAAGAAACUGCUAAAAGAUACAGCGCUCGAAAGAUCCAGGUUGGAACUAAAGGAAGAUCAGAGAAAAUAAGAACAUACAACUUUCCACAAAACAGGGUCACAGAUCACAGAAUAAACAAAUCACUACAUGACCUUGAGAGCUUCAUGCAAGGAGACUGUCUUCUGGAUGACCUGAUACAGUCACUGAAGGACUAUUCGGAUUAUGAAUCUCUAGUAGAAAUGAUUUCCAGAAAAGACUAAGCUUCUUUGUAAAGAUAUAUGUUUUUAAUAUACACUGGGAAAAUUCUAGUGCA